AUGUUUGGGCUGGAGCAGUUUGGUUCUCAGAUUAAUAGCAGAAACCCUGGCCAGUCAGAGAGAAACAUAAACCAAACAAGACUGAACAUGGGCUCCCAUUUUAAAAGCCCUGGUUUUCAUGCUGGAGGUCCACCAGGAGCGGUGGAACCUGGUAUGGGACCCCUAAAUGAGCCACCGAUGCUUGGGCUCAAUAUGAACAUGAACGGAGAACAGUAUGGCGGCUUUCAUGCGCGGGGCCACUCGGACAUGCAUGCGGGCAGUGGACUGCAGCAACAGCAACAGCAGCAAGGAACCAUGCAUGGAUUUUUUAACAACCAGCAACCUCAUCAAGGGCAUCCCCACGGCCACCAGUCUCACCCCCACCAACAUCACCCUCACUUCACUGGGAAUUUCGGAGGCCCAGACCCAGGGUCGUCCUGCUUGCAUGGUGGAAGGCUCAUGGGCUACAAUAACAAUGGCAUGGGACCACAGCAGGGCUUCGGAGAGGGGUUUGAUCCCCUUGCUGAUGGCCAGGCAGGAGAGGGUUUCCCCCAGCAGCAGCAGAGGUCAGGUAACAUGCCUGACUUCCAACACCACGGCCCUCCCAGUGGCAAUCAUGCUGUCCCUGCCCCCUGUCUACCCUUGGACCAGUCCCCCAACAGGGCAGCAUCCUUCCACGGUCUUCCUUCCUCCUCUUCAUCCUCCUCUGAGGCCCAUGGCCUAGAGCCUCGGCGGAUGCCCAACCAAGGAGCUGUUGAGGGAUUAGAGUAUAAUUUCCCCAGUGAGCCUCCAUCCGGACAUUUUGAUGUACCUGUAUUUUCGCCCUCAGAAUCAGAAUCCCAGCUGCCCCAUUUUGGGCCGGGUAGGCCAGUGGCCAGUGGUAAUUUCCCAGGGAACCCUACCAUGCCACGGACACCUGGUAUGCAGGGCAUCUCUAAAGGACACCAACCACCUCCACAGCCUCAGCAGCCUCAGCCACCCCCACAGCAUGGAGUGUUUUUUGAGCGGUUCGGAAAUGGCCGGAAGGUGCCUGUAGGAAUGGAGCCGGGGGUAAAUGCUAGACAUCCUCUCAUGCAGCAGCAACAGCAGGCUGGCUUGUUAGCUAGACAAAAUGCCUGCCCCCCUGGUCUCCCCCGCCCCCCUCAGCCUGAGCCUGGCUCCUCUAACCCUAAUAUUCUGGAUGGAGGGGUCAUGAUGCCCGGCCAACACAACCAGUUUGAAUAUCCCAUUCACAGACUGGAAAACAGAAGCCUGCACCCCUAUGGGGACCCCAUGUUUAAUAUGCAACAGCCAGGCCCUCCUCCUCCCUCCCAACAGCCCCCAAAUCAGAGGCUGCAACACUUUGACUCCCCUUAUAUGAACAUGGCUAAAAGGCCUAGGUUUGAGUUUCCUAAUGCACAUGGGGGAGAGGGUUGGGGUGGUGGUAUAGAAAACCACCUCUCCCCAACAGCCUACCCAGGUUUGCCAGGAGAGUUUACCCCACCUGUGAGUGAAGGUUUCCCCCCAGGUUCUCUACAGCAUGCGGGGCCUGAACAGCAGUCUCUGCAACAGCGCCAAAAUGCAGCCAUGAUGAUAAAGCAGAUGGCUUCUCGCAACCAGCAGCAGAGGAUGAGGCAACCCAGCCUGCAACAGCUGGGUCACCACGGCGACGUACCUCCUGGCCCCAUGGUCCAUGGAGGCCCGGUGGGGAGCAUGCCCCAGCCCAACUUUGAUAGAGAAAAUGGCGGUAGGAUGCCAAACUUUGAAGGACAAAAUCCUCAUGUAACUCAGGAGAAUUCCUGGUUCCCUGGAUCCCACCCACCAGGAGAGAUGAUAUCACGGCGUAUGGGUGGAACAGGAAACGAGUCAGGGGCCCACGAUAUCGGGUUGCAGCAGAACGGGCCUGGUAUGAUGUUCAGGCCAGGUAUGGGCAUGCAGGAGCCAAUGAGGAUGCCUGGAGACAGCCACGUCCAGGCUCUCCAUUCCCCGGGCAUGCACUCCCAAUUCAGCGGCAACAUAGGCAACCUCUCACAGAUGCAGUCUCCAGGAGCCGGAGUAGGUCAUCCAAAUGCGCCGGCAGAAAGGCGGCCAGCUGAUUUCCCUGCACCCCCUAUGGGAGCUCAGCCAACUUUUCCUUAUGGAGGGUCUAACCGUCAGGGGGCAGCCCAUAACACUCCCCAAGGGGUGAACACCUCACCGGGGAGUUAUCCUCCUCAGUCUGAGUUCUCUUCAGGCCAGCGGUCGUCUGUUAGUAAGCUCGGAGCUCUCUCCCUGGGUAACUUCAACAAAACCAGCAGUAAAGACAAUGUUUUCGGUCAGAGCUGCCUGGCAGCCCUUUCCACAGCCUGCCAGAACAUGAUCGCAAGCCUAGGGGCCCCCAACCUGAACGUAACAUUCAACAAGAAGAACCAAAAUGAGGGCAAGCGAAAAUUGAGUCAGACAGAGCAGGACAUUAAUAGCAGCACAGCUAAUGGGAAUGGCAGUGCUGGUCCUGAGUAUUUUCAGAGCGGCACUUCCCAGAACAGCCAGAUGCCUGGCACCGGGAAUAGCAGCGCUAAACCUGCAAGUCAAAGCCAGACGGUGCAGGGGGAAGCCAGUGCCCUCUCCCCAAAUUACAACAUGGACGCUACCCCCUGCAGUGAGGGGAAAGCAACAACAGGGAGUGGGAGAGGGAGAGGGAGGAGAAAAAGAGACAGUGGACAUGUGAGCCCUGGAAUUUUUUUUUCCUCUGAUAACGGUAACCCUGUUGUAAGUCCAGGCCAGCACACCCCCUCGGCUGGCGUUGGGGAGAGGGGUGGGGGUACGCCCCAUGAGAAACCCCUCCAGUCCCCUUCAUGGGGAAAAGGAGGUGACCUAAUGUUGGGGGACCAGGCAGACCUGAUGUCUUCUCUGGACAGUGGCAUUCAAAGUGUCACAAAGUCUGACAGUAGCUCACCGCGAGUGGACUUUCCUGACGAUGUCAGUACCCACUAUGGCAAUGAGGACGAGGUGUCCUCCAGCUCAGAUGCAGGAGGGGCCUUGGCCGCCAAGCCUAAUCGCAGCCCCAUGAUCACUAGCUCGCCCAAAUUGCAGAGAGGCGAGCAUGGGAUGAUAAAUGGACAGAAGCCCUUAGCUAUGGGCAUUAACAAUCAUACUACCUCGACAUCUGACAGCUAUGGACUGAAUGCUGGUGGGGGCACAGGGGGCAACGCAGUCAGCCACCCAGGCACACCUGGAAUGGAACAGGUACGCACCCCUUCCAGCACCUCUGGCCAGGAUGAGAUCCAUCCCCUGGAGAUUCUGCAGGCCCAGAUCCAGCUUCAGCGACAGCAAUUCAGUAUCUCAGAGGACCAGCCACUGGCUAUGAAGAAUAGCAAAAAGAACGGCGACUGUCCCUCACAGAACGGAGACAAUGAGCUGGCGAGCUGCAGCCCGGAUGCUGGGAAGGGCUCAAUGGGCACUAUUGACCUUGACACCCUCAUGGCAGAGCAACACGCCACCUGGUACGUGCCCAGCGACAAAGCCAUGAUGGACGGGCCAGAAGACGAUAAGGCCAUGGCACCCUGGGAAAAAAAUAAGAGCCAAAAUAACAGUAAAGAAGAAUCGGAGCUGUCCCAGAGCAAGGCCGGAGCCGGGGCCCCGGGAGCCGGAGGAGGAGGAGGCGGUGGUGGUGGAGGAGGAGGAGGAGGCGGCAACGGAGGGAACCACCUGCAGUGCCUGUCCGUCCACUGCACGGAUGAGCUGGGGGACAGCAAAGGCCGAGGGGGGGCCCGUGUCCUCCUGGCGCUCCCUCCACUCUGAUAUCUCCAACCGCUUUGGGACGUUCGUGGCGGCACUGACUUGAAGGGGAAGCAGGCCAGGUCUCCAAAAACACACAACAAAAACAAACACAAAAACACAACAAAAACAGAGAAUUUGCUCACAGAAGGAAAAGAAAGGGAAGAGUCAGAGACUUAAAACAGCGACGAGGAGGACGACGAUGCUGAUGACGAGGAAGAGGAGGAGGAGGAGGAGGAGGAGACGGUGGUGUCAACUGAGGCGACUGCAAGCCGCUCUCGCCUGUUCAGGGAGAGAAAAGACGUUAACGUUCAUAAACACGCGCGUGGACUCGGACACUCGGCACACACACACACACACACACACACACACACACACACAAACACACACACACACACACACACACACACACACACACACACAUGCAAAUACCACAUUUUCUCUCACACACUCCAUCACACUUUAGGACAGACAGACACACACACACUGCUGGACAAUACAGCUCGGGCUCUACCCAGUGUAACCACAUCUGGAAAACCUCAAGUCGACCUUUUUUUUUUUUUGUUCUUUUUGUUGUUUAUUUUAUUCUAUUUUUUUUUCCAAGAAAAAUAUAGAAAUGUCAAGGGGGGAGAAAACAAAUGCAGAGGACACGUUUGUCAUCGUUUGUCAUUGGCUGUGAUCAUGUACACGUGUUGAGUCUAUUGACGUGACUGCGAUGCCCGCCGCAGCCCCUCCGGCCUCGCCUCGCCUCCGCCCCGGCCCGGCCGCCCUCCCGCCGAGCCAGUACCGGCUCCCCGAUAACGCCCGCCCUCCUGCCCCGCCGCCUCUACCCCCCACCCCCCCACCCCUAUAAGUUCCACUUUGUAUUGGCAAAACUUAAGAAACACACAACUACUCUUAUUCGUGACAGCUGGCCUGAGCCCUGAGACGCGGGACCUUUGGAGAGAGGGACAAGAG